AUGGCCGAAGAUUCCACCCAUAUUCGACGCGUACUCCUUUACGAAUUCGAAUCUGGCCACCCCGCUGCUGAAGCCCAUCGAAACUUAAGUCAAGUAUUCGGCACCGAAGCCCCUUUUGAGCGAUCUGUGUGCGCCUGGUUCCAGCGCUUCAAAGCCGGAAACAAGAAACUCGAUGAUGAGCCUCGCUCUGGUCGACCGACUGCAAUAUCGUUCGACGAACUGAAGAAUCUGGCGGAGCAGCAUCCAUAUGAAGCUGUGCGGUAUUUGCUGCAAGUCUUGGCUGUUCGCUGUCUACCGUGA